GAUAAGAAUAGUCUAUUUUAGUAAACCAUCGAUUUUUUCUGUGUCGUUUGGCCGCUUUUAUAAGCGAGACGCUGUCAAAAUUUGCGAACGCAAGAACAAACAUAGAACAUCUCCAUUGUCAGCCACGUCAUUUUUCGUUUGUGUAUUGAUCACGUCAGUGUCAGUCGUUUAGUUGCGGUGUAUUAUAAUUUUUUGUGUGACAAUUUUUGAUUUCAUUCAAUUUUAAACCAUUUAUCGAUUGAAUUUUGAGUUCGGAACAGCGGAAACAACGAAAAAAGAUAUAGAGAAUCGAGUGUUAACGUGUCAACGAUACGAGACCGACCGACUGAGCAUCCGACGACAUUUAGUUAAUUAGAGUCAAAACAACAAAUUUCCAAACAGAAACCAACAUGAAUAUCUUUCGAUUAACGGGCGAUUUGUCACAUCUAUUGGCCAUCAUAAUAUUGCUAUUGAAAAUAUGGAAAACGAGAUCGUGUGCCGGCAUAUCGGGAAAAUCGCAAAUUCUUUUUACCAUUGUCUAUAUAACACGUUAUUUAGAUUUGUUCACAACAUUCAUAAGUGUGUACAAUUCAACAAUGAAAGUUGUGUUUAUCGGUGCAUCCGUGGCAACUGUUUUCUUAAUGUUUGCGAAAUUCCGUGCCACAUACGAUCGCAAUCAUGAUUCGUUUCGCAUUGAAUUUCUGCUCAUACCAACGGUUAUUUUGGCCUUAUUGAUAAAUCAUGAUUUCACCGUAAUGGAAGUGCUAUGGACAUUCUCAAUUUACUUGGAAUCGGUUGCAAUUUUACCACAAUUAUUUUUGGUCAGCAAAACCGGCGAAGCGGAGAGUAUUACCAGCCAUUAUUUGUUUGCAUUGGGAUCAUAUCGUGGACUUUAUUUAAUCAACUGGAUUUGGCGUUACAUUACAGAAAGUCACUAUGAUUUGAUUGCCAUUUUUGCCGGUAUUAUUCAAACCAUUUUGUACUGUGACUUCUUCUACUUAUAUAUUACAAAGGUGUUGAAGGGCAAAAAACUUCAAUUGCCUGCUUAAGUUCAAAAGAAAAACAAAAAAAAACACACACAUACACAUACAAAAUUUCAAAUUUCACGCUACAAGUAAACACCCGAAACAACCGAUAAAGAUGCAGAUGAACUAAUAUUAAUAUAAUAUAUAUAUA